UUAAUUUUUAGAUGUUUUACAUUUAUUCAUAAUUUAUAUUGAAUCGCGCACUAUUAAAUAUAACCUAGUACCAUCCAACAAAACUAAAUCCUUUCUGAAUAUACAAGGAAUAAAUAUAUACAAACCUACAUAUGCGUAUAAAAAUUAAGUAAUACUGACUAAAGAUACGGAUUAACAAGAUAUCAGUCGAUAUUUUGGAUAACUCAACUUAAGUGCUGGUAUAAGUCACGUCAGUGCAUCGCAACGUUAAAUUUACACCUUGUGAUAAAUUUUGAUAGGUGUAAACCAUUAAAGUUUAUAAUAAUUUUGAAUGCAAUGGACAGUGCAGGCGCCGGUCGGCGGCGAAACAAUAUAUGCGUUAAUGCUGAGGAUAAUGCGCUCGAUCAAAUUACGAAAGAGGCCGAAGCGCGUUUGGCAGCUCGUCGUCUAGCUCGCGCUGAAGCUCGGGAGAUACGCAUGCGUGAGCUUGAGCGACAACAAAAAGAAUUGGAACAAAGCGCUGACCGUGCAUUCGAUAUGCAAAGCUCAAGUGGCAGUGCUAUUAUCGACACACUCUCAUCAAAUCCCACACGCCAUGUCUAUAGUGGUCUUGUAAAUUUGGUACGUGCAACAGCAUCGCGACGCAGUAGUGAAGAUUCAUUGGAGGACGAAGGUCGCAGUUUCCGUGAUAUUAAACACGAGCUUAAAGAAGUCGAAGAACGUUUUCGAAAGGCGAUGAUAACGAAUGCCCAACUAGACAACGACCGCUCAUCUCAAACGUAUGAAGUUAAGCUACUCAAAGAUAAAAGUGAAACAAUGGAAGAAUCUUUCGCGCAACUGCAGCGAGAAUUCAAAAACAAACUUCGCGAUUGCAAUACCCUCAAACGAAACUUGGACCGCACAACACUGGAAUUAAGCCUAGUGCAAGGCCAGUUAAGCGAGCGGGAUGCACUAAUAGAAGAACACGGUCUUAUUAUUGUUUCCAUUGAGAAUAGUGAUAGUAGUGACGCCAAGCGGGCUCUAGUGAGUGUGGAAAAUGCCAAUAUUUUGUCAACCGUACAGGGUUCUCUUGAUGUUAGACUCAAAAAGUUUGCAGAGGAAAAGCAGCGACUUCUGAAUGAAAUACAAAAGCUUCAUGAACAGUUAGGUGCAUUUAAAAGUGAAGGUAGAGUUGGACGCGGCAGUUUAUUGUGUGGCUCUUUAAGGUACGAUGAUGACUAUGAGGUUCAACGAGAAUCAAAUAAAAUCAUAUCAGAUUAUAAAUAUAAGCUACAAAAAGCUGAACAGGAAAUCGCUAGUCUCCAGGCUAACUUAGCACGAUCGGAAACACAAGUUAUACGUUAUAAAAGCACGGCAGAAGCAGCCGAAAAGGCAGAGGCUGAACUGAAAGUUGAGCGCCGUAAGCUGCAACGUGAGUUUUAGGUUUAGUUGAUCUGUCCUUUUUUUGUGAGAGGUAUUUGGCAACACGGAGCAGCACUCCAGUCAGGAUGAGCGAAUGAAGUAGUUAGUAAUAUAAGGGACCUAUUUGUUAUUAGAAAUAUAUUCAUAGAAAUUAGAAUUAAUAAACAAAAACAUAAAUAAUGUUCACACUAUUCGAUAGAUUUAAGCGAUCUACAUAUUUAAAAAUAAAUCAAAUUGUUACCAGA